CUAGCGGUGCCCGCCGAAGGGGGAGGAGGCGAGGAGCGAGCCGUGCGGCCAGAGCGGGAAAGAGACUCGUCUUUGCGUCCGAGUUCUGGAGCCGCCGCACCCCGGCUCCUGGGGCUGCGGCAGCGGCUGCGAGGGGACGGGCGUCUGUUGUCUCCUGGAUUCCCCUCGUAGCGACCCGCGGGAUCGGAAAAAAGGAGAAGAUGGAGGAGGAGGGCGGCAGCAGCGGCGGCGCCGCGGGGACCAGCGCGGACGGCGGCGACGGAGGAGAGCAGCUCCUCACGGUCAAGCACGAGCUGCGGACUGCUAAUUUGACAGGACACGCAGAGAAGGUGGGGAUAGAAAAUUUUGAGCUCCUGAAGGUCCUAGGAACUGGAGCUUAUGGAAAAGUAUUUCUAGUUCGUAAAAUAAGUGGUCAUGAUACUGGAAAGCUGUAUGCCAUGAAAGUUUUGAAAAAGGCAACAAUAGUUCAAAAGGCCAAAACCACAGAGCAUACAAGGACAGAACGACAAGUCCUGGAGCACAUUAGGCAGUCGCCGUUUUUGGUGACAUUACAUUAUGCUUUCCAGACAGAAACCAAACUUCAUCUCAUUUUAGAUUAUAUAAAUGGUGGAGAACUUUUUACUCAUCUUUCUCAAAGAGAGCGUUUCACAGAGCACGAGGUGCAGAUUUAUGUUGGAGAGAUUGUGCUUGCCCUCGAACAUCUCCACAAGUUGGGGAUUAUAUAUCGUGACAUUAAGCUUGAGAAUAUUCUGCUUGAUUCUAAUGGCCAUGUAGUGCUGACAGAUUUUGGUCUGAGUAAGGAGUUUGUGGCUGAUGAAACUGAAAGAGCAUAUUCCUUUUGUGGAACUAUUGAAUACAUGGCACCAGAUAUUGUCAGAGGGGGAGAUUCAGGACAUGACAAGGCAGUUGAUUGGUGGAGUUUAGGUGUUCUAAUGUAUGAAUUACUAACUGGAGCAUCUCCUUUCACUGUUGAUGGAGAAAAAAAUUCCCAAGCUGAGAUAUCUAGGAGAAUAUUAAAAAGUGAGCCUCCAUAUCCCCAAGAAAUGAGUGCUUUAGCUAAAGACCUAAUUCAGCGUCUUUUGAUGAAAGAUCCCAAGAAGAGAUUGGGAUGUGGUCCACGCGAUGCAGAUGAAAUCAAAGAACAUCUCUUCUUUCAGAAAAUAAAUUGGGAUGAUUUAGCCGCCAAAAAAGUGCCUGCACCAUUUAAGCCGGUCAUUCGAGAUGAAUUAGAUGUGAGUAACUUUGCAGAAGAGUUCACAGAAAUGGAUCCCACUUAUUCUCCUGCAGCCCUGCCCCAGAGCUCUGAGAAGCUGUUUCAGGGCUAUUCCUUUGUUGCUCCUUCCAUCCUAUUCAAGCGUAAUGCAGCUGUCAUAGACCCUCUUCAGUUUCACAUGGGAGUUGAACGUCCUGGAGUGACAAAUGUUGCCAGGAGUGCAAUGAUGAAGGACUCUCCAUUCUAUCAACACUAUGACCUAGAUUUGAAGGACAAACCACUGGGAGAAGGUAGUUUUUCAAUUUGUCGGAAGUGCGUGCAUAAAAAAAGUAACCAAGCUUUUGCAGUCAAAAUAAUCAGCAAAAGGAUGGAAGCCAAUACUCAGAAGGAAAUAACAGCUCUGAAACUCUGUGAAGGACACCCCAAUAUUGUGAAGUUGCAUGAAGUUUUUCAUGAUCAGCUUCACACAUUUCUGGUGAUGGAACUUCUGAAUGGGGGAGAACUGUUUGAACGCAUUAAGAGAAAGAAGCACUUCAGUGAGACGGAAGCCAGCUAUAUCAUGAGGAAGCUUGUUUCGGCUGUAAGCCACAUGCAUGAUGUUGGAGUGGUGCACAGAGAUUUGAAACCUGAGAAUUUAUUGUUCACCGAUGAAAAUGACAAUUUGGAAAUUAAAAUAAUUGAUUUUGGGUUUGCACGGCUAAAGCCACCGGAUAAUCAGCCCCUGAAGACUCCAUGCUUCACCCUUCAUUACGCAGCCCCAGAGCUCUUGAAUCAGAACGGCUACGAUGAGUCCUGUGACCUGUGGAGCUUGGGUGUCAUUUUGUACACAAUGUUGUCAGGACAGGUUCCCUUCCAAUCUCAUGACCGAAGUUUGACGUGUACCAGCGCAGUGGAAAUCAUGAAGAAAAUUAAAAAGGGAGAUUUCUCCUUUGAAGGAGAAGCCUGGAAGAAUGUAUCCCAAGAAGCUAAAGAUUUGAUCCAAGGACUUCUCACAGUUGAUCCAAACAAAAGGCUUAAAAUGUCUGGCUUGAGGUACAAUGAAUGGCUUCAAGAUGGGAGUCAGCUGUCCUCCAAUCCUCUGAUGACUCCGGAUAUUCUAGGAUCUUCAGGAGCUGCCGUGCAUACCUGUGUGAAAGCAACCUUCCACGCCUUUAACAAAUACAAGAGAGAGGGAUUUUGCCUUCAGAAUGUCGAUAAGGCCCCUUUGGCUAAGAGAAGAAAAAUGAAAAAGACUAGCACCAGUACCGAGACGCGCAGCAGUUCCAGUGAGAGUUCCCAUUCUUCUUCCUCUCAUUCUCACGGUAAAACUACACCCACCAAGACACUGCAGCCCAGCAAUCCUGCCGACAGCAAUAACCCGGAGACCCUCUUCCAGUUCUCAGACUCAGUAGCUUAGGCAUGGUAGGAGUGUGUCAGUGAUCCAUUGCACCUUUAUUCCCUCAGCAUAUGCCUGAGGUGAUCUUUUAUGCUUUUAAAAAUGUUUCCCGUUGGUCUCAUUGGAAUCUGCCUCCUAAUGAUUUUUUUCAGGAAAACCUGUUCGGUUAUCCUCAUCUAAAAGCACUGGACAGAGAAUGUUACUGUGAAUAGAGCACAUAUUACUUUUUAGCAAGCUAGCAUGAUGCCAACAAGACCAUUCUUGAAAGAGCAAAGGUUCCUGUAAAUUUAACUAGGACUAGAUUUGAGCUGCUUGCAGAAUAAGUCGCAGGUUUUCCAGAUGUCUGCCAACAAGAAAUGACUCAUACUGUGAUGAUACCUUUUGCUUUGCCUUGUGGACAAUGUGGGUUUUUGAAAUUUGCACCCUUCAAACAGUGAUUUAUCAGAGAAAGGGGUCUGUUUUCAAAAAAGAUUCUGUAAUGAAUUUUAUGUGUGGCAUAUACUUAUUUCUUGAGAGAAGAUUUUAACUUAUUGUUUUUAUUUUAUGGUUACAUAUGAUGAUAACCUGCUAUUGUUAAUCUUUUUCUAAAAAGUGGAAAAAAAAAAAGAUAUAAGAACUCAAGGUCCCAUACUCUGUAUUCGGGAUCCAUCUGAGAUGCAUGCUAAGCUAUGUGUAUGUUUUUAAUUUUGCACUGCUCUUUCCUGGCAAUUUGUUUUAAUGGUUAUUGCAGAAUAUUAAGGUACAUGUCUCUCUGUUUUAAGUAAUAUUGCACUUUAUAAAAAAGUAUGAAUAAAGCAAACUAUUUUGUAAAGUGCACUGUUUAAAGCAUUUGCACUGUAUUUUUGCCAUUUAUUUUCAUUUUCUACUUUAAAUUUGUCCUCACAUCCCUCUUCUACUUUGUAUGCAACAAGUAGAAUGGGGCAUGUUGUGUAAUGUAGUCAGCCUCUUAUGCACCAAUGUGAGGAAAACCUAAAGGGAAAUUAUACUAAACACUGUGCUUCAUAUCUGUACACUGUGUUGUACUACAGUGAGGAAUUUCCUCCUGUGGUCAUAUAUUAUGUACAUAAUAUUUUAGGAUCAUACCUAUGACUUGUUUGGAAAUUUUUCUGUUAAAUUUUAAAUCCAGAAAGCAUAUUUUAUAAACUUAUGCAGAGCACUUUUAUUGCUCAAAAGUUCUGAAUUCAUACAGAAAACAAGUACUAUGUGAUGAAAACAUUUCAUUAAAAGAUUGCUGCAUUUAAAAAUACAAUUCAUUCAUUCAUUCCCUGUGCAAAAAAAAAAAAAAAAGUGAUAGGAUUUGUAUGUUAUAUUUUCUUUUAAAGCCAUCAUGUGAAAUGUCAGGACUGAGAAAAGUGAUUUUUUUGCUUUGUUUACAGGAAUCAUGCUUAAAGAGAUAUGCCCAACAUGUUUAUUUUAUAGUUUUUGUUAAUGAUAACCUUUUGAGCAUUAGUUUGGAAUUUGGAUAUGAUAUUUAUUUAUUCCUUUCUUGAGGUUAUAGCAGCAUUAAUUUCAACCAGUUAUGAAUACUAAAAAAUAUUGCACUCUAUGUAAUAGUAGUAUAUUUAUUACUAAAUCAAUGUAUAUAUUAAUAGCACAGGCAAAACAUGGCAAAUAUUAAAAUAUUUUCAAAAUGUUAUAUUAUCCUGUUCACAUUUUUGUCCACAGUGGUUAUUGGGAAUAAUAUUUUUUACUUUUUGCUGGCCCAAAUGACUACAUAAUAUUGAGUUAAUGAAAGUUUCGUACUCCCAGCUUUCAGUUAUUCCUAGUAAUUAUGGGAAAUUUUGUGUGAAUUAUUACCAAACUAUUACUAAUUCACAAAAUGUGAUUCCAUCAGGCACAGAUCUCUAGUAAUCAAGAAAAUGACCAUAUUUAUAAUUAUAUUGCAUAUAUUUGAAACGUAUUUGGCUCUUCAAGCCAUUUUUUAAACUGUGCAUGCUAGUAGAAAAUACUAGUUGUAAAGUACAAACUAAAGGGACUAUGUUGCUAAUAGAAAAUGAUCCAGAAAAAUGGUCAGGCAGUAUACAGAUUGAUGAUGUGAUUGAUUUCAUUGUGAAUAUUGGAAAUUAAUGGGUCUCAUUUUCAUUUAUGUCCCUUGCCUCUUCUGGAGGAGGACUUGACAGACAAUGAAAUGGGUAAAAAGGCAGUCAGACUAACAGGAAGAAGGAAAGAUAGGCUAGCCAUCAACUGAUGAGCCUGCCUGAAUCAUCUCAAAUGGGCUUUUGAAAAGACCUUAACAAACACUGUUGCCCUCUCGUCAAAUAUCUUUAUCCACAUCCUACUUGUAAGUACCAAAAAGACAGCAUUUGAUGCCAAGUUUGAAGCAGUUAGGUUGUAUGCAGGCUGUGUGUUAACAUACAGUGAAUUGCGCUUUAAAAUUCAGAAAGCUUUCAUUUGGUCACAUCAAAAAUAAACACUACAAAAUACUUUAUAUAAAAAUGUUAAAUGAUAGCACUCUUUUGGUAUUAAGAGUAAAAUAGAAGAAGAUCUAAGAAAUACAAAUACAUUAGUUCUCUUUGUGACAUUAACUUUGGGACUAGAGCCACAUCACCCCCUCCCUUCUUCACUUAUUGAUUGUAUUGUAUAUAAUUUUCAUGCCAACACAAAUCCUGAUUCAUGUAUUUUGUAACUGUAUGUGACGAAUCGAGAGGCAAAAAUAAGAAAAGGAAGAUAAUAGAGGAAAGAUGUUAAGAAAGACCAAUGUCUUCUCAUUACUCUGCCAGAUCCUGUGUCUGAAAGAGGUUAAUUAGCAUUUUGAAAAUCAUUGGCUGAGUGUGGUGGCUCAGACUGUAAUCCUGGUGCUUUGGGAGUACAAGACUGGAGAAUCACUUGAAGCCGGGAGUUAGAGACCAACCUGGGCAAUAUAGUGAGACAUUCUGUCUCCAAAUAUAAAAAUAAAAAUUAGCUGAGCAUGGUGGCUCAUGCAUGUAGCCCUAGCUACUCAGGAGUCCAGAGUAUGGAGGAUCACCUGAGCCCAGGAGUUCGAGGCUGCAGUGAGCUAUGAUCAUGCCACUGCACUCCAGCCUGGGCAACAGAGCGAGACCCUGUCUUAAGAAAAAAAGAAAUUCAUUAAUUCUUCCAAACCUUUAUAAAGUAAGAAGCCACUGAAUUACUAGAAUAGAAAGUCAGUCUCCUGAGUUAAUCUCCACAUUGUUGUCUGUCUUGGAGUCACAGGUUCAUUACCCAAGAAAACUGCCUUUUAAUUUUUUUUUUAGAUUACUGCUGAUUUCAAGUAUGUAAAUGACUUUUAAAUAUAAGGUAAGUUAUUUUACAGAAGUCUACUAAGAUAGAAGUCACCUUUUUAAAGUAAGGACAUUCCUUUUAUAUCUCAGUUUAUGUUCUUAAAUACAGUACUUUAUAAAAGUA